GUUUGCCGCAGCUCCAAGUGCAUUCUUGGUCGCUCUAGUGGCUACCUUGCUCCCUCGGCCGUCCCAGAUAUUUUGGCAGCCUCGCCACGGAAUGCUCUCCCAGUCGGCGUUCGCGCCGGCAGUAACGCAGGCGAAGCUGGCAGCGGCUGCGCCGGCCGGACCCGACGACACUGACGGCGGCAGCCAGGCAGCAGCCCGCAGCUCCCGCGCAGGUGCCGCCACUGCUCCCCCUCACCCUCACCCACACCCACACCCCCAGCCCCACGAUGACCUGAUGACCACCAUGCUGCACCCGCCGGGGCACCUGCCGCCGCACCGUCACCACCCGCACCCCCAGCGCCGCUCCCACACGGUGUGCCAGCCGCUGCUGCCGGGCGAGGCGCUGGCGGCCAUCGCCAGCUAUGGCGCCGAGGCUGAGGCGGGCCUGGUCACCGCGCAAAGGGCCCACUCCGCCACCGGCACGGAGCUCGGCUUCCUGGACGCAGAGCCUGCAGAGCCGCACCCGCACUACCUCUCCACCAACGGGGCGGAGAUGGCGGUGGCGGCGGCCGCCGCCGCGGCCGCUGCCGCUGCCAUGGCGGCGGCCGCCAAGGCGGCCGCUGCGGCGCUGCUGCCGGCGGCGGUGGCGGCGCAUCACCGGGGUCACUGGGACCGGGAGUGGGAGCGGCUGCAGCGGAGCCGCAGCUGUGAGCUGCUGCAUCAGCUGGGCGGCAUGGAGGAGGACGCGGAUGCGGCGGCGUGGUGGACGUGAGGUUGCUUGCUGGUACUGGCAGGCGGGCCGAUGGCGUGAUGGGCGUGAGUUUGUGAGGGCACAGGAAAGAGAGUGAUGGGCCUAGGGCCGCGCGGCUUGUGCUAAGGAGUAAGAACUUCAAUAGAGGUUGGAGCAGGUGGGAGUUUGAAGCAGGUUGCGGUGACUGCCACCGAUUGUGCAAGCUACUUGCAACGUGUUGCUUGGGCUGGGUUGCUUGGGCGGGAUACGUCCCAUGGCGGGUAAGCAGGGGCCUGGAAAUUGCAGCGACGCAAGAGUUGGCGCAUGCAGUUAAGGCAUUUGCUAGGAGCUAUCUACGCCUCUAUGGACUGGCUCGGUGGCGGUGGGGGUAGUCGUUCUUGUGAAGAAUAGAGUGACGGGAGCAGUCGAAAUUUGGAUGCCCUGCAGUCUACUUUGAGUGAGCUCCAAUCAACAAGGCGAUCGCAUGGACGGUAUGUCGUAGCGUGGUGAGCGGGCUGAGACACCUGAGCCAGUGCCCGGGUUGGUAUCGCGGACAGGCCGUACUACUGGGAUGCGUGCGGGCUGUGUGCCGGCGUGUGAAGUGGCGGGAUGAGGCCCAGCCGCUCGUCUUGUGCCAUCCAAUACGUCCAAACUCAUACUUGCGCAUACUGUGUACUUGAACUGCGUCAGCAGGUCCCUCUUUCUUGUAACCCGCGUAAUUGCAUCUCAUCUGCCGGCGUGUCCAUGCCGGGGUGUCCAUGUGCCGGGGUGCCCAAAGGCCAAAGAUAGCAGCACAGCGGCACAUCACGCCAUAUGUUGCAUAGCCAGGCGCAUGCAUGCUGGGUGUAGUAUGCGUGCGGGUUGCGAGACUUGCAACAUUGCGUGCCAGCGUGUCGCGGGAUGAGGCCCGGCCGCUCGUCUUCUGCCUGAGACUG